CUAAUUUAAUUUUGAAUUAUCUUAAGAAAAUUAAUUAAACUUAAAAUGAUAAUUUUAGUACGACAUGGUGAAAGGGCUGAUAUUUGCGAAAUCGAGAAGAAAAAGAUUAUAAAUCCUCAUGAUCCACAUCUUACUCCAAAAGGGUGUGAAUAAGCUUAGUAGGCAGGAAAAUAGAUUCUUUAAGAAAUUGAGAUGUAUAGAUAGAUUACUAUUUAAUCUUCUCCUUUCUUAAGAUGUAUAAUGACUGCUAAAAACAUUGCUCAUCAAAUAAAAAAAGAGGAGAUCUCAUUAAUUACAGAAAUUUGUGAAACCUUAUAUCCUCAUUUCUUUUCUAGUAAUCCAUUGCCUGAAUUGUUAAUUAACAACAAUCCCACACUUAAUGAAUUAUCUGGAAUAACUUUAAUCGAUCAAUAAUAAUAAAAAGAUGAUAUAUAUCCUGAAACUCUAGAGAAUGUGACUAAUAGAAUUUUGACUUAUGUCUAAUAUAUGCUAGAAAAAAUUGAAGAUGAUCAAUGUGUGAUAUUAGUAACACACCAAAGACCUCUAAAGAUAAUAUUAGAACUUUUCAAUUAGAAGACAGAUGAUGUUGGAUACUGUAAAGUGAUUUCUCUACGUAAAGGAGAAUCUACAUAAUUAGACCAAUCCAAGCUAACAGUUUAUUGA